GCUGCUUUCAUCUUUUAGAAAGAUAUUUCGAACUCCAAUUUCUUUGGCUGCAUCAUCUAAUUUAAAUAGCUUUGUUGGCUGAUAAUUCGGUAACUGUCGAUGAAACCUCGCAGCUAAGUCACUGGAAGUAGACCGAGGAACCGCCCACGAACGGGCGCUUGGGUUGAAGUAUAUUGGUCGGCGAAAUUCGGUCAUGAUGGAUUGUGAAAUUUGGAUGGAUUAGGGGCGUAUGUCGUUGGAUUGGAGGACGACAUCCUUUUAUUUCCAUUUUAUUGACGGUAGUGUGUAAAAAAUGACAGCAACAUACUCAUGCUGAGAGUAGGUAGGUACCAUGACGCUAUUCGCGCUAUUUAGGCCAUCUGCGCCCUCUCGGUACAGCGUCGGACAUAAGCUGAUAACCCGUGUUGGCCUAAAGAAAUCAGCUUCUCCACUCUUCACUCUCCCAAUCUCAAUUUCCUUCUGUUGAUCGUGGAUUUUAUACAAUGGAGUCGUCACUACCUAGUUUACAUCAGUUCCAAGAUUACAAUGCCAUCGAUCCAGCAUUUCACGGUGAAAUUAGCAGACAGCAUUUAGAUCUCUCCGUUGAGUUGUCGGGAGAAGUAAGUACAGCGAACGUGGCCACGACAUUGCUAAGCGAGGAAACGCCCUCCGGCAUACACGGGGCCAACUCCCUCGAUGGAGAUCACAACCUCGCGCAUACUACACUAGAACUAGAUGAUACCUUGGCCAUUGGAACACACGAAUUUGACCCGUCAAACAUUAGUUUCGAUGACUUCUUCCGAGAUAAUGGAGCAUGGCGACCCCCUCAACCCUGUAGUUACUGUAGACGUUUGCGUCUUCAGUGCUUUAUGCUUCAGACUACGUCGGCCAAUCCGAAUCCAGUCACGUCAUGUUCUAGUUGCGUAGCUCUCUUUCGCCAAUGCAGCCUAGCUGAACGAGGAAAACGACAGCCAGCCGAGUUUGAGACUCCUGAACCGGUCAUCAACAAUCUACAUGGAGUAAACGAGGAACUCGAUAUGAGUCUACCGAGUUCCGGGAAUAACGUCGCAGGAGAGCAAGAAUCCGCAAACGUAACGCCAAUUUCAAAGAAAAGAGCCCACUCGCGAUCUGUUAGGAAAACGCAUCUUCUAAGAAGCUGGUUUUCCUCUCACCUUGAUCGUCCUUAUCCAUCAGAAGAGGAAAAAGCAUCCCUUGCUCAACGGUCUGGACUGAGCAGGACCCAAGUCGCGGACUGGUUCUCAAAUGCUCGGCGGCGACAUCGAACGUCUACCAGGGCAAUUGACAAUAUCUUUUUCCCCCAAGGAUCUCCUAUGCCUAGCCCACCUAUGUCAAGUAUGACUCCAUUUGAACGGUGGCGGCAUUCACCCCCUGAGGAGGAGCCCGUAUCCGAAACUGUCAUUCAGGAGGCCCUCGGAAUGCCGAUAGAAGGGUUCGGCGAGCUUGAGGCGCUUGAGGCCGCCACCCAGAUUGACGUGUGUCCUUCAUCCAGCAGCGGAGGCUCGGCUUUUGACCUUCACGCUCCGUGGCAUAAUCCGUCGUCCGACUCGGCAUCAUCCUAUCACACGAGCUCAUCAGUAGACGAAUUAUCGCUAUUUUCUGCUUCUACCCACAGUAUAGGAAUGCUCAACAGACACGUAAGCUCCGCAUCGUCUUCACCGAUUCCAGGGAAAGGUCGUACAUUUCAGUGUACAUUAUGCCCGCGCAGUUUCACCAAGAAAUACGACUGGCGUCGCCACGAAAGAGCGGUUCACCUUCUAAAUAGUAAUGCGCCCCGGUGGGUUUGCGGCAUUCCAUUAUCAACCGGUCAAUCAUCCCUCAUAUGGCGCCUCGACCAACAAGGACCGGAGUGCAUCUUUUGCGGGCAUGUUUCUCCUACUGAAGAACACUUUCGAUCUCACGAGUUCGAGGCUUGUGCCGAGCGCGAGGGGUCCGACCGCACUUUCGCUCGUAAAGAUCAUCUAUGGCAACACCUCUUCAAGUUUCACGGCUGUAGGAAAUGGGAGGGGUGGAAGCCUGACUUGAAUUUACUGAAGCGUGAUUGAUUCGAGCAUGAUGCUAAUCUGACCCACAGCAACCUUUACAUUCCCCCUUUUCCUAUUUUUUAGUUCAUUUGAUCUUAGACUAAAAUUGAAGGCGAUUUAUUUUCAACUUUGUGGUCACUUACCAUAGCAAUCAGUCGUACUACGUACAUAAAAAAGGCAUAUCCUACCCAAAUACGCAUU